AUGGAUGGCAGCGACAAGAGGUGCUUGUUUGUGAUUGGGAGGUCGGCGCGGCCGCGCUGCUUCAAAAAAAGGGAGUGCCUUCCAGUCACAUACAAAGCAAACAGCAAGUCUUGGAUGACACGGGAUCUGUUUGCGAACUGGCUUCAAAAAUUUGAUGAAGACAUGAUGUCAGAAAAGCGGCAAGUCGUCUUGGUCCUUGACAACUGCAGUGCGCAUCAUGUAAAUUUGAAGCUGAAGGCGGUAAGCCUCAAAUUCUUGCCCACAAAUACGACUGCCAAGAGCCAGCCAAUGGACCAAGGCGUGAUCGCGGCAGUGAAGGCGCAUUAUAAAAGGCGCAUAUGCGAGAGGCUGCUGAUAAACAUUCAGCGAGAUCAACCAAUGAAGGUUCAUCUGCGUAACGCCAUUGACAUGGUCACGGCAUCUUGGUGGCAGAUAAAACCAUCGACCAUCGCCAAGUGUUUCGCUAAGGCUGGGUUCGUUCGCAACACCGCAGUAGGCGAUCGGGAUACAACGAGCGACGAUGACGACGAAGCCGUCGACGUGGAUGAUGUGUGGUCGGACCUAAUGAGAAACAACAUUGUUGGUCAGGACGACACCUUCGAAGGCUUCGUGAACGACGACUGUGACGACAUUGUCUGCGAACAAGCAGACACGGACGAGGCAAUCGUGGCAGCUGUGCAGGAUCGCGGUGACGAGGUAUCGGACGACGAUACCGAUGAGGAGGACCGCACACCAGAACUUUCAUCCAGGGAUGCUCUGGAUUAUGUCAGUAAGCUUAAGUUGUUCUGCGCGCAGAACUUGAGCGAGAAAGCUCUCCAGCAUAUCAUCGCCGUUGAAGACGAAAUGGUGCACAAUGCAGUGAAGGCUCGGCGCCAGACAAAGAUCACGGCAUUUUUCCAUUGA